AUGAGACUAAUAGAAUAUGAAUUUUUCAUGAAGAUAUUAUCUUACAGUGGGUGUCGAAACAUGACGAGGUCGAGUGAGCCAACCUACAGAAGGGUUGCUGUAAUUGGAGGUGGCCCCGGUGGUUUAGCUAUGGCAAAGGCGCUUGCUAUAGAGCCGGCAACUUUCGAUAGGCUCGCUUUAUUUGAGAGACGGGAUAAGAUAGGUGGUGUUUGGUAUUAUAGUGAGGAAAAGAAGAUUGCAAGACCAUCGGUACCUUCGUGUCAUAGAAAUUCAAAGGACGUGUUCGAGGAUAUAGCUAAUGAAGAAAGACCUUUCCUAUCUUCAAUGUAUGAUAAUCUUGAGACCAAUCUUCCAGGGAAAAUGAUGGAGUAUAACAACGUACACUUUGCUAAUCAGUCCAAACCUUUUCUCAAUCGACAGGAAGUUCUUCAGUAUGUUCAAAAGUACGCUCAAACGAUUCCUUCUUCCGUGCAACGAUUAUUGAAUUCUAAUGUUGUUGAGCUACGUAAGGACCAAGGUGUAUGGAAUCUAAAGUACGAGGAUAUGAAGACAAAAGAAUUCAAAACUGACCAUUUUGACGCGGUUGUUGUUGCAAACGGUCAUUUCAAUGUCCCUUUUAUUCCCGACGUCGAAGGCUUGGAGGAAUGGAGCAAAAAAGAUCCGAGCUCAAUAACACAUGCAAGAUAUUUUGUGAGGGACACCGACUUUAAGGAUAAGAAUGUGUUGGUCAUCGGAAAUAAAUCGAGUGGUAGCGAUAUAUCCAUGCAAUUAUCUGUGAGUGCCAAAAAAGUUUUUGUAUCGUCGAAUGAAAAAGAGUUUAUUGACAACCACAAUGUCACUCACAUUGGGAUAGUGAAAAAGUACGACUAUGAAAAUGGUAGGUCAGUCGAAACUGUGGAUGGUGAUAUUAUUAAUAGUAUAGAUUCUGUUAUAUUUUGCACGGGUUACCUAUAUGAUGUCCCAUUUUUGAAGACAUAUGAAAAUAUUUUAGGAGAUGGAAGACAGAUUUACGACUUAUAUAAACAAAUUUUUUAUCUAUAUGACCCCUCAUUAGCAUUUAUUGGCUUACCGAAAGAUGUCGUCCCAAUGCCACUUUCUGAAUCUCAGGCUGCGAUAGUGGCCAGAGUAUAUAGCGGAAGACUUAAACUACCAUCUGUGGAAGAAAUGAAAGGAGAUUACGAGAAAGAAUUGCGAGAGAGAGGAAAAGGUACAAGCUUUCAUAAACUUCCGUUUCCACUCGAUGGAAACUACUGUCGAGAGUUACAAAAGAUUAUCGACGAUGCCAACAUUGGUACGGUUGGAUUACGUGCUCCAAUUUGGGAUGAUGCUAAAAUGGAUCUAAGAAGCAAAGUGUUUCAACUCAAGGCAAAGAGAAUGGAAAAAGUGGCUGAGCAUUCUAAUAAGUUGAGGCAAAAUGGAGAACCUUAUAGAUUGUUGAAUAAAUAG